UAGAUGGGCCCAUGGCCUGAUAAGAUUGCUGUAAACAGCCUCCUCUGUGAUCCUUGCCCCUGUGGCCAGUUUUGAAAGGGCAAGGCAUUAUUGGGCACCUCAGUACCUUGGGCCACCCCUACCCUCAUGCAAUCAAGCAACUCCUUGCCACUGAGGAAAUCUGCACAUGCCCAGAGCCCUGCCGUCUCUUUAUCCAUAUCUGGCAGUGCUGAUUCGGCUCCAUGGGUGCGCUGUGGGUCAUCUGAACCCGCCCUAGGCCUUGUGCAGAGAAGUGCUUUCCCUUCUUUCCGUGCCUUCAGAUGCCAGGCAAUUUCUUAGGGAGGCCUUUGGGGCCAGCUGAGCUGAUUCUCUCCCCCACCCCGCGCCCUUUCCUGUCCGCGUCAUUCUCCCUGGGUUUAUUCCGUUUCCACGGCCGGCUUUAUCUUGCCUAUUUUUGUUUUGCUGUUAUGUCCUUUGGAUUUAAUCGCCUCCCCGGUGAUUUGCAGACUUCUACACACAGGCAGCGUCCAGGGGAAUGAUGCAGCUGGUAGUCGGACGUGCACCCUUUUUGCACAACGACGUUGUGGAGUUCUUCCGCCCUGAGAGCCUGGCUUCUCUCUCACAUUCUGGUUGCUUGUCCUGAGUGUUUGCCUCCCCCUCUCUGCCCUCAUCUUUCACCACAGGACAGCCACAUCAUCCUUAUCUAGGACAGCCACAUUAAUCUGUGCAAAUCCCCGACCGUUUGCUGGCUCUGUAGCACUACUUUCUCCACUGCCUGCCAUGAGAACAGGAAAUCCACAGCCGGCCAUGAGUUCUCACUGAGGUGGUGCACCUGUGCCUGGAACGUCCCAUCUGAGGCUUCAAGUGAGGGAUUCACCUAUGCUGCUGCAUGUAGAAGACUAAAUGUCAGGGGAAAGGAUUCUAGCCCAGGCUUUGCCCGUAAGUGCUUCUUAUCUGUAUGCAGCAGGGAUGAUGGUUGCCCAUAAGGAUCAGUCAGCCGAGUGAGUCCACCUCUCCCGCCGUCUCAAGUGGGACAGCCCUGAAGCAGGUUCACCACCUCCGAACUAGACGCUGGACAGUGAUUUCCUUCCUACCUCAAUCUGUUGACGGCAGAUGAUGGAGAAUUGCCCAGAGCAAUUUGUGUGUAGGGAUAACAAUAAUCGGAUUAGGAAGAGGAAGCCUCUCGUUUGGGUGACAACAGGAGAUGGGGCUGCUAGUCGGAUGCAGAAUUAGGUCCCUCGGUACGUGGCUGUGCCUCUCUCGCUCUUCUCCCCACGUGCCUUCUGCUUUCUUUAGACCCAUUGGAAAGAACCUUUGUGCACAGAGUUGCUAAGGAAAACAGAGAGCGAACUUAAAGAAUGAAUGGCUUUGAAGCCUUCUGUGUUUCUUUCAUGCUGCAUUUGCACCCUGCUCUUACUCCGAAGAGGUCAGGCUGGUGUACAUUAUCUGUCGCUGCUGCUGCUGCUGCUUUUAGUUAAGAGUCCAACGGGAUGCUUUUAGAAUGGGCGACUCUCUGCUGCCACUCUCCCUUCUGCUGUAAUCUGGCCACACCGUUGGGGUCUGCAGCUCCAGCCUCGAACCCUCUGGCCAUUGCAUCUGCUGGCAAUACGAAUGAAGACCAAGGAAGGACAAGCUUCUGGGGAAGGCUAGGCUGAAAGAGAGUGACGGGCCCCCAGUCGUCCCAUGAGCUUCAAGGGUUACAGGGAUUUGAACUCAGAGUGCCCCAGUCCUUGGGGUUCCCACACUUGGACUACAACUCCCAUCAUCCUGGCCACGUUGGCUGGGAGUGACAGGAGUUGUCGUCCAGCAAUAUCUGGGGGGCAAAGCUUGGGAAGCUCUGCUCCCUCCCCAAUACUAGGGCUGUUCUCACGUUUGGAAUCAGGGUGGGACGAGCCUCCUGUUCCAAUGCAGGAGCUGGGCAUGCUCUGGAUGGGCCACCAUUGGUGAGGCUUCUCCGAGCAAGAUGUGUGUGUGUGUGUGUUUUGGGGGGAAGAUGCUCGCCUGGGAGCUGGGGACAGAGGGGUGGGAGGCAGGGGGAGAGCUUUCCCCACACCUUCCCUCUGGAGCUGGGUAUGAGUUCUGGGCCCACGGCUGCUGCCCGCCUCCGGCUCCAGCUUGCAGACCAUCAUCCCCACCUCCUUCUACCUUGCGUGGAGACUUCUCACGAUGGCCAGCUGGGAGUAAAUCUGGCUCCUGAAUGAGGAGAGUGGGAGGCUUCUCCGCCCCGAAUGCCCCACUGGCUCUCUGUUUUCUCUUGUGUCUGCCAGGAAGGAUGCCUUGGAGUGGGCUGAGAUUAGCUUUGCUUUCCUGCAGGUGCAGGGCGGUCAAUCCCAGGAUUAAGUCAGCACAUGACAGAACGGGGGGGGGGGGGGUGAUCCAUGGGGAGAGAUUUGCUAGCCGGGCCAAUUGGCAUGUCCCCUUCCCUCAAGCCAUUUAAAACCGUGACGGAUCUGAUUGCUGCUCUCCUCAGAGGCUCUGGGCACGGCCUGCUAGGAAAUGAGGUCUCCUCUCUCACUAAUGGGUGCGGAGCCUGCGAAAUGACCAAUGACCGUUUGUAAGAGUUUGCCGCUUCCCUUUCUUGAACCAUCUCUGGGGUGCACAAGCCGUGAACGCCUCGAGGUUGAUCUGAAUGCAGCAGAAGCACCAGCAGGAAGGAGAAGAGGGUGAUAACCAGGGACUGAGGUAACCGAGACUCCCGGCACCACAUUCUAUGGUUUCCCAGAGUAUGUUUCACCUCUUUUCCUAUUGCUGGUCCUGGCUACAGGCAAUCCAAGAGCCAAUCAGGAACGUGACCAUUCUUGUCCUUGGUCUAGAUGGAGCAGGAAAAAGUUCCCUAAUAAAAGAAAUUCAGAGAGUCCUCUCCUGUGAGGUGCUCCCUACCAGAAAGCCACACCAGACAGAGCUCAGAGUGGACAGGUUUGCGGUGUCCCUCGUCGAUCUGGCUGGAGGGCCGCGGAGCUGGGGGACCUGGAAGAACCACUACGGCACGGCUCACGGGAUCAUCUUUGUGCUUGACUCCAGCGACGUGGCGCGGAUGGAAGAGGCCAAGAAGACCCUCUCCCGUGUCCUGGGACAUCCCCGAGUUUCAGGGAAGCCACUAUUGCUGCUGGCAAACAAGCAGGACCACGUCGAUGCCAUCUUGCCCUGUGAGGUCAUUGAGUGCCUGUCUCUGGAGAAGCUGGUGAACAGAAACAAGUCCCCAUGCCGCAUGGAACCCUGUUCAGCUACCAAGAGGCUGCCCAAAAUCCAAUGCUGGACCAUCGUUCAAGGGCUUCACUGGCUUCUGCAGACUGUUGCUAUCAACUAUGAUGUCUUGUGUGGCCGCAUCCAGGAAGAUAGUCCUGGACGACAAAGAUCACCAGAACGGGAGGUAUCUAAGAAAAUGAAGAAAGCCUGGAACAGGAUGCGAGAAGACAGGAUGAUGAGGCACUGGCUUGCAGUUCAAGUUGGAAUCAGGCAGAAAAGAGAGCUAAAGCCUUGGUCUAAGCUAAAAGCUGAAACCUUGGACCUUGGUCAUCAUCAUCAAACUUUUAUUAGUCAUAGGAACACAGGAAGCUUCCAGUUCUACAGUAUCCACAGGCAGUCGCUCACCAGAAGGGGGAGCUCCCAAGAAAGAAAUCCCAAAGUCGAUGGAAGCAAAGUUCUAAAGUCCCCCCAGAACAUCCCUGCGCAGAAAGAGGAAAAGGCACCCAAAAAACCAAAGAGGAAAGGAAAGCCGAAGGUGAAGAGGAAAGGCUUGGGGCCAUCCAAGGGUCCCUUGGCUGAAGAAGGUGGCGGCGGCGGUGGUGGCAAAACGGUAGCCGGCGGCAGCAAAGCCGGAGCUCAAGGUGGCCGCUGCCUCAGCAACAAGGUUGCUCAGGAGACUCCCAGCGCCCUGGACACCUCUCCGCCCCCAGCAGGCCAGAGCACAAAGAAGAAAAACAAAAUGCUAAAAAAUAAAAUCAAAAGCCAGGAAGCGUCACAGACCCAACCAGAUGAGAACCCAUCGGGCACGUUUGAUUUGUACAGGAGAGCCAUGUUGGUUCUGAAAAUGCAGCAAGAGAGGCGGAAACCACCCUCUGCAGCUGCCCCCUGAAUCAGGCCCUCUGCCCCAUGCGAGGGCAGAGAAGGACUCGGAACUGUCCUGGUAGAAUCGGAGACACCACGACAGGGAUCAGACUUCUGGUUCGGAAGCGUCCACUCUGGAGGUUUUCUCUGGAAAAUGUUGGGCAUCGGAAAGUGCGAGCUUGCAGUCCGCGGUGGCAGAGGGUUCUCUUUGAAGCCAGAAGCCCCUUUGGGAAAGAGGGCGGCGUGGGGCCAGCCUCUGGCGCUUCUGCUUCUGCGAAAGGCGAACCACCGGCAUGAAGAGGAUGCUGCAGACGGAUGACGGAGCAGGAGCGUCUGCAGGCUUGUCAGAGCUGUGUCCCUUCUGGGCAUCCUACACAGACUGGCAGGAGCCCAGCAAGGGCAGGCCUUGGAAGCUGGAAGCUGCUUCUCCUGGGCAGUUGCCAAAGCCUGGGCAUUUUCUGGAGGCCACGUACACUUACAAUGCUUGCUAGAAUAAGCACAGGAAUGUUUUUAAGCAAAAAUAAACGUUUUCCAAAUAAAGGUUUCUGAGACUUUUUAAAAAGAAAACUUAGACAA